UGCGCAUGCGUCAAUAAUGUUUGGUUGGCACUCGCUUUCUUUCACUUUCGUGGAUUUGAAACUAGAAACAGAUUAGAGGUAUCACAAUGGAUGGCCCUUACUCGACAGAAAAACUUCCAGAAGAUCUUAUUGACAAAAUCAAGGAUACUUUUGCCUCUGAAAGCCCUGGAGAAAUUCCCGAAAAACUUAUCAAUCUUUUGGAAGUGUAUGACCGCUAUAAGAUAGAUAUCGCUGUGACCGGAGAGUCUGGAGCAGGAAAAUCGUCGCUCAUCAAUGCAUUUCAAGGAGUGCGUCCUGAUGAUGAUAGCGCAGCUCCAACUGGAGUUGUAGAAACCACAAUGCAAGCAACUCUGUAUCUGCUUCCCAAUUUACCACAGGUCAGAAUGUGGGAUCUUCCAGGCAUGGGCACUCCUACAUUUACAUCAAAGAGUUACACAAAGACAAUGAACCUUCACUUAUAUGAUAUGUUCAUGGUGGUGAUGUCUGAGCGAGUCAGAGAAAACAACAUGAUCUUGAUUGAUGCAAUUAUCGAACAAAAGAAGCCAUUUUAUGCAAUCAGAUCAAAAAUUGAUAAUGAAAUGCGGUCCCAGAGAAGGAAACGUGGCUUCUCUGAAGAAAGUGCCUUGAAUCAAAUGAAAGAAGAUGGUGAAAAAUAUAUGAAAGAGAAGAAUGUGGACAACCCCGUGUUCCUAAUUUCAGCCCACGAACCGCUUAAUUAUGAGAUGCCGAAGCUCCUAGAUACUUUUAGGAAUGAGCUUCCUCAGGUUAGGGCAGAGCUAUUUUCGAAUUUUCUAGAAAAGAUUCUUCAUGGAGGAUGGUUUACAGCAAGGUAUGCUACACAGGAUGCCCGAAAGACUGAAAAAAUACCAGCUGAGGACAUCACAAAGUUACACAAUAUGCACAAAGAGACAGGUUUUGGAGCUGUGAAAGUCAAAGCUAUACUGGAGGCCCUGAAUCACUUUCGAACUGAUGUGGCAGUUUUGGGUGAGACGGGGUCUGGAGCAUCUUCUCUGGUAAAUGCCUUAACUGGGAUGAAGAAGGAGGUGUAUGGUGCAGCCAUGAGUUCUGGAUACCCUGGGGUCCGCUUCUGGGGCAUGUCUGGCAUAGAAGCAAUCAUGGAUUACUCUAUGUAUGAGAUGAAACAAGUUCUGCGCGAUUUUGACUUCUGCAUCAUCAUCGUAUCUGACUUGCAGAGCGCACGGCAUAUACAACUAGCCAAUGCUAUCAGUGAAUUAAAGAGGAAUUUCUUCUUGGUCCAGACCAAAAUAGAUUGUUAUCUACAGUCUCAAGGUGAUUUUGGCUGUGAUGACACAGAAAUACUUGAUGGGCUCCGGGCACAAUAUAUCACAGAACUUCAGAGGGCAAGACUACCUGAACUGCAAAUUUUUCUCAUCAACAGCCUAGACAAAAGUACCUUGGACUUUGCUGUUUUGGAGAGUGCACUGACCAUGGAACUCAACACGACCAGGAAUAUCGCUUUUGCACAUUAUGUAGCAAAAGUACUGAGACAAUGAAAAUAAGAAACAGCGGAUUCAAUUUCUUUUUAGACUGAAGAGGAUUGCCACACAAACUGACUUGAACCAUAAUUCUUAUAGCACUUUAUAUAAUUGAUCACUCUUUGCCACCGUUGUAUUUAUUACUACAAGAUGAAAUUUCCUGAUCCUGAUUUUCCACAUGACCUUUCCUUAAAUCCGAGGUAAAAGUGUGUGGGUCAAAAGCUUUUGGUCUGUGCAGGCACAAACCCUUUUCCUUAGAUGGCUAAACAAGUUCAACAUUGACAGAGCAAUUCUCCACAAUGAAGCAAUUAUGUGAAAUGUAAAUAACAACUAUAUAAGUGAUAAGGAUAUCAUAAAGUGAAAUAGGGUACAGGUAGAGGACAGUAUUUAUGACAGAGUUACAGUAGUUUUGAAGCACUGAUCAGUACAUUAUCUCAUAUCUCAUAUUUACAUUGUGCUAUUUUUAAACAAAAAAAGUUAGAUAGUUAAUUAUACUGUAUAAUGUCACUGAUUGCAUUUUCCAUAUUUAAGCAUCCAACUAGACAGUAAUAUUUCUUGUUCUAGUUUUCCUUACCUUGCUUAAUCAUUGCAAAAGCUAUGCUUAUAGAGCUUUUACAGCCCACGUGAUUAAAUAGCCGGCACGCAAAUUGUGGCAACAGAAGUGGUGUUGUUCCCCAUUGGUUCUAACAUGUUAGCAACUCAGAAAGUUUAUCAAAAUGGUUUCCAGCAUCAAAAUGUCUGGUUGUUGCUUUUGGUGGCACUAAAAUAAUAUACGUUUAUAUGUAUCUGGCCACUUUAUAUUUGGCCAUCUGCUAAUGUCUUCUAUCCACUCGACUAUAGUACACGGAUCUGGUAGCUGUCUUAAAAAAGUUGAUAAAAUUAACUUUAUAAAAUAACUUUUUGUUGUCUGUGUUGCUUCACUGCUGAUUGUUGCCAUACUUCUGUUGCCAAAAUGUGCGCGCAUACAUUGCCACUUCAUUAUUGUGUACAAACAGUAAAAGGGUCUAUGGAUAAGCAAACUGUGAAUAAUGUGUGUAAUAAAUUUGUACACUUUUUUUCUGGUUGGACUACAAAUAUUUUCCACAUUCUUUCUUAAAAUGUUGUCUACUGUUAUUUUAAAGCACCAGAAAUUAAACAGAAGUAAUUUUGUGGAACUGCAUUUUUUAUUGAAUUGACAACAAUCAUCAAUCAAAAACAUGACAAUAACAAUAUUAUAACAAAGAUAAAAAAUAUGCUAGAAUGGAAUUUUCAAUAAAAUAUUAAAUAAAGUACAGAUCUUCAAAGUUUUCAGAGCAUUUUCCUUUAAAGAAAAUAAUUUUAAAAAAAUCAAUAUAAAGCUCCAUUUCUAUUUUAAAGGAGAUGAAACCAGAAACCAGCUUUUUCAAUCUGUGAAUAUGAAAUUUUGCUAACAGAAAAAUCUGAUUUAUUAUGUUAAUACCAAUAGUGUGGGACUGCAUAUGUGAACGUGCAAGUUAGCAGUUGGUGACUAACAUAUGCGUCAUGCUGUCAUAGUCAACAAUACAAUUAAAUUCUCCAUAUCAUGAAUCAGUGAUAAGAAUGUGACUACACUGCUGACACACCUUCAUGCCUUUGUAAAUGACCUUUUACAGAACCUCUGCUACUUUGUAUAUUGUAAAUGGGAAAUAAAGCAUUUUAAAAACUAGUCAACA